AUGGGCACAGCAACUGAUGCGCCGUCUUCUAUUUCAAACCCGAGUGAUGCACUCGAUGGCUUACCGCCACCUUACACAGAGCAUGACCCGCAGACAGCGGCUCACGCCCCCCAAUAUGACACACCAUCCUAUACUGAAUCUACCAGUACAUCUGCAACGACCAAAUUUCCACCCGCGAUAAACGGAUACUUUCAAUGGAAACUUACAACCACAUUUCACCUUGGGCCGACCGCAGAUGAAAAGCUGUAUGCGGUGUCAACUCCCGCGACUGUUUUCAAUAACAAACCCACGAUCGUGUUAUACGAUGGUCCAACUAAUACACACCCGGUAAUGGCAACGGCUCAUGGUGACAAGUGGGGGAGGAGCAGACCCAUCACAAUCACACUCCCACCUCGUCCAGGAUCUCAAUAUGAAGAGGCCGUUGUGGAACAGGUCGUUCCCGGUGGAUCACUGAAGUCACCUAACCACACGUUCGAAAUAUCCGUGGGUCCAAAAGGAACAACACGCGAAAGAUUCGAAUGGCGUCAGAGCCAUGGCAAGGAAAUAAAAGAGCUUGCUGGUUUCUCCUAUGGGUGGAAAUUGGUCCGAUUGGCAGGACCUGUGAGCAAUGUAGGUGGGAGCAGAAAAGAGCGCGAUCGGGGGUACACAAGCGAUGGUUUGGAGAUCGUCGCUCUCAUCGCACACAACGCUUCUUGGAGCAUGACCAAGGGCUUUCGAUUCACCUUCAUGGGCGCUGGGUUGACUGGUACCAUGGGAGAAAAUUGGGAGAUUGUUGUGGUGAUUUCUGCUGUCCAAUUGUGGUUCAUAGAUGUACAAGAUGCUGCUGCAAGUGCUAGCUAG